GUCCAGGAGGUUGGAGGAAGAUGAUGCGGCUGAGCGGACCUCGUGCGUAUCGCGCCACUCUUUAGACGUAGAUAUAUAUAUUUUUUCACUUGCCUUGUCUAGUUUCUUGCCAAAAUAUAUUUGCUGCUCAAUGUGGAGGUGCGAGCGUAGCGACGCAGAAACUGAUUAGGUAUUGGUCAGAGAAGAAGAAGAAGAAGAAGAGGAAAACAGAGAAGAAGAGGGGCGAAGUGAACGGGGUUGGGCAUCAAAUUGCACCGGAUGUCAUUAUACACUGUUAAUUAUCAAAGACUUUAAUCACAAGCAACGGUAGAGCCAUGGAGGUUGUAACACAUCUUGUGAAUGACACAGUAGAGUUUUAUAAAUGGAGCCUUACUAUAGCAGACAAGAGGGUGGAGAACUGGCCGAUGAUGUCUUCUUCCUCUCCCACCCUGGCCAUCAGCUGCCUGUACUUGAUCUUCCUGUGGGCGGGGCCUAGGUACAUGCAGGACCGCCAACCCUUUACACUCAGGAAGACCCUCAUAGUGUACAACUUCAGCAUGGUGGUCCUCAACUUCUACAUCGCCAAAGAGCUCCUACUAGCAUCAAGAGCUGCUGGAUACAGCUACCUGUGUCAGCCUGUCAACUACUCAAAUGACGUGAAUGAAGUCAGGAUAGCAUCUGCUCUUUGGUGGUAUUACAUCUCCAAAGGGGUGGAGUUCCUGGACACGGUGUUUUUUAUACUGAGGAAGAAGUUCAACCAAGUCAGCUUCCUCCACGUCUACCAUCACUGUACCAUGUUCAUCCUCUGGUGGAUUGGUAUCAAGUGGGUCCCUGGUGGACAGUCAUUUUUCGGUGCAACCAUCAACUCUUCCAUCCACGUCCUAAUGUAUGGUUACUAUGGCCUGGCUGCCUUGGGACCUCAUAUGCAGAAGUAUCUCUGGUGGAAGAAAUACCUCACCAUAAUUCAGAUGAUCCAGUUUCACGUAACUAUCGGCCACGCCGGUUAUUCGCUCUACACUGGCUGCCCAUUUCCCUGCUGGAUGCAGUGGGCUCUGAUCGGCUAUGCUGUCACCUUCAUCAUCCUCUUCGCCAACUUCUACUACCACGCCUACAGACGCAAACCUUCAUCACACAAAGGCGGCAAGCCAGUGGCCAACGGCACAUCCGCUGUGACUAACGGCCACUGCAACAUGGAAGAAGUGGAGGAAAAUGGGAAGAGGCAAAAGAAGGGUAGAGCGAAAAGGGAGUGAAGAAGAAAGAGGCGUGUGCCUGGCAACAAUCUAAAAGUGGACGGAGAAGGAGGGAAGGGAGGGGAGAAAUCAACCAGACAAUCAUUUCUUCAGAUAAUGUAGAUUGACAUGAUUCGGGACCAACUUAAGAAGAACAGCGGGUGUCGGGUGUGUAUUUAUGGGCAAGUCUGUAAAAGCUUCUGGUUUUAGAUGGAAGGCAGUUGUGUUGGUUGUCUGCAAAACAGUUUGUUAAUGAAGAAAAGCAAAAUGCUGAUCACAUAGGCUCCAUGCUCUUCUGUCCAACUAUGCUUUGGACCCUGUUAGGACCAAAAUGUCACAGAAAAUGCACACCUGCUCAGCAUUUACAACCAAAGUUCACCUCCAAUUUUUGUACUCUGGAUUCUAAUACUGCUUUAUCUAAGAGCUUAAAUAGUUAAUGUGCUAAUUUAUUUUCUAGUGCGCUAAAACAUUUUGAUUAAUUUUAAGUGU